CAACCCCCUUUAAAUAAUUCUGGAGUACAGUUAGGAUCGUUUCUGGCCCAAUUCUCACUCUCGUUAAAGUGUUCAAAGGAAUUCUCUCUCUCUCUCUCUCUCCCUCCGAUUACUCAUUUCCUUUUCCCAGAAAGACUUCUAUCGCUAGAAUUCAUGUCGGAUACAGGUCGGCCAUUGCCAAAAUUUGGCGAAUGGGAUGUCAAUGAUCCUGCUUCAGCUGAGGGAUUUACUGUGAUAUUUAACAAGGCUAGGGAUGAGAAGAAGACGGUCGGCAAACCUGAGUCACCUGUGAAGGUUGAUCCUCAUAUUAAGCCUGCAGUAGAUCCUGGAAAGCCUCAGAAAAAAUGGUUUUGCUGUAUCCAGAGCCCAACCACAGAAUCUUGACCUGCCCUUCCCGCGUAAGAGCUUCAAUGGAGGAGUAAUUUCAUCUGUGAGUGCCCCCACUAUAUAUUUGUUAAAGAAGAUAGAAGCUGUAGAGCGGUGAUGAAUCCUGCUGGAGUUUGUUAUGUUAAAAGACAAUUGUGGGGAAAAGAGCAAAUACACAUUUAUUGCAUUCAUCAGAGUUGCACUGAUCAGUUUUUCUAAUUUUUAACUUUUCUCAUGUGACGAGCUGUGGAGCUUUUGACAUUUUGUUUCUUCUGUUGUAUUGGUAAAUGGGCUGUGUUUGUGAAAAACACAUUUUCAAA